UCAGCAAAAAAGGAAGCGACAGUGUUGAUCAAACGACAACGUUUCGGCUCUCCCUAGCAUCAUCUUCUUCGCCAGACGUCUCGCCGCCGACUCUGCUUCUGAAACAUUUGAAAUUACUAGACCCGCGUAAUUAGCACAUGAUAAUCUCCCUGAUUAAGCAAUGCAACACCCUUUCGUCCCUCAAAGCCGUACACGCCGCCGUCCUCAGAACCCACGACCUCCACCUCAACCUCUUCCUCUGCACCAACCUUAUCGCCCACUACGCCUCUCUGGGCUCCCCCUCUCACGCUUACAUCCUCUUCUCCGCCGUCUCCUCCGCCUCCGACGUCUUCCUCUGGAAUGUCAUGAUCAGAGGCUUCGUCGACAAUGGCCUCUAUAACAAAGCCAUUGCUCUGUACAGUAAAAUGUGGGACGUGGGUGUUAGACCCGAUCAUUUUACUUUCCCUUUUGUGAUUAAGGCUUGUGGGUUUGCUCGUAAUUGGAGAUUGGGUAAGAAGGUUCAUGGAGAUGUGAUUGAAUGUGGGUAUGCAUUAGAUGUGUUUGUAGGUAAUUCACUAAUUGGGUUGUAUGGGAAAUUUGGGCAGGUUGAAACUGCACGGAAGGUGUUUUAUAAAAUUCCCCAGAGAAAUGUGGUUUCUUGGAGUUCGAUGAUUGGGGUGUACGCGCAAAAUGGGUGCUUUGAGGAUGGGUGGGAAUUUUUUUUAAUGAUGUUGAAUGAGAAAAUUACACCCAACAGGGCUUCCGUUUUGAACGCGAUGGCAUGUGUUUUUCAAGAGAAUGAUGCUGGUGAGGUUUGUGGAGUUGUGACCGAUAAUGGACUUGAUUUGGACCGCUCAGUUCAAAAUGCUGCAAUGCAAAUGUAUGCACGGUGCGGAAGAAUGGAUAUUGCUCAGGUGUUUUUUGAUAGGAUCAGUGAUAAGGACUUGGUGUCUUGGUCAUCCAUGAUCGAAGCAUAUGCGCAAGCUGAUUUGCCUCUUGAAGCUGUUGAGCUAUUUAAAGAGAUGAAAGAGCAAGGGGUUCUCCCUGAUUUAGUGGCACUUCUAAGUGUUGUUGGCGCUUGUUCAAGUUUAGCAUCGUUUCAGCAAGCACGUUGGAUUCAUGGACUUGUUAUUCGUAGCUUUUUCAGCAAUUGCAUUGCGCUUGAAACUUCUAUAGUUGAUCUAUAUGUUAAAUGCGGAAGUUUGAUGUAUGCUAGAAGGGUUUUUGAUGAGAUGCAAGAAAGAAAUAUAAUCUCGUGGAGCACCAUGAUUUCAGGAUAUGGGAUGCACGGUCAUGGAAGAGAAGCAGUUAACCUCUUUCAUCAGAUGAAGGCUCUUAUAAUACCAGACCACAUUGCGUUUCUAUCAGUGCUGUCAGCCUGUAGUCAUGGCGGGUUGAUUGCCGAGGGAUGGGACUGCUUUAAUUCCAUGAGUAGGGAUUUUCAUGUCACACCAAGGCCCGAACAUUAUGCAUGUAUGGUUGAUCUUUUGGGACGAUCUGGUCGACUGGAUGAAGCCUUUGAGUUCAUUGAGAGAAUGCCGGUAAGGCCAGAUGCUGGUGUAUGGGGAUCACUUCUCGGAGCAUGCAGAAUUCAUUCAAAUACAGAACUGGCUAAAAUUGCAGCCGGACAUUUAUUCGAAUUGGAUGCAGAGAACCCAGGGCGAUAUGUUCUAAUGUCCAAUAUUUAUGCAUCUUCUGGGAAACAGAAAGAUGCUGAUGAUAUUAGAGAUUUGAUGAAACAAAGAGGGGUGAGGAAAGUGGCUGGUCACACCAGUAUAGAGAUUAAGAACAAGGUCUACACGUUUGUGGCGGGUGAUCAUUCGCAUGCUCAAUCGGAUUUGAUCUAUAUGGAGCUGGAGAAAUUGAUAAACAGGAUUCGACAAGAAGGGUACAAUCCGGAUUUGAACUUUGUGCUGCAUGAUGUGGAGGACGAGAUGAAGGAGAAAAUGUUGUAUGCGCAUAGUGAGAAGCUUGCAAUAGUUUUCGGACUGUUGAAUUUAGGACCGGAAAGUGUGAUCAGAAUAAAGAAGAAUCUGAGAGUUUGUGGGGAUUGUCAUACAGCUUCCAAGUUUAUCUCCAAGGUAACAGGAAGGGAAAUUGUAAUGAGAGAUGCUCAUAGAUUCCAUCAUUUCAAGGAUGGUGCAUGUUCUUGUGGGGAUUAUUGGUGAACAUAAACUCAUUAGCUUAACAGGUUGUGUUCAUGUCAACCCGUUAAGAAAGUAGUAGUUGUAGCUAGUAAAUUUUUUGGUUUAGUUAUAUAAAAAUACCAUACUUGUUUAAUGUU